AUGACAGUGAAGAGCCUGUACGAAGUUACCAGGGGGAUACUUAUUACCUUUGGGAUUAUAAGCAUUUUUUCUGGAAUUUUAGCUUUUUUCCCCGUUUUUUCUUAUAAGUCUUUGUUUGUUGGAUGGAGUGUUUGCCUCGCCAGUCCCAUCUGGAAAGGAGCUUUGGCUGUUCUUGCUGGUAUCCUCAUCCUCUUGGCUGACAGAGAGCAGACGUGGAGAUGCCCGUGGGAGGCCAGUUUUGCCUUGGGCACACUGAGCACCACGGGCACCUCAGUGCAAUUUGCUGUUGCCAUCCCAUCUCUCCUCCUUGGCCCGUACUGCUGCUACUCCCUUGCUGGGAUCACUGGGACCAACUACCUGGGCGACGCAGUCCUGGUCCCAUUCCCCUACACAGACUCCCCAAAUUUUUGCAAAGACCCAGCGCGCUCUGAGUGGUACCACCUGGCCCUGCAGGUCCUAGACCUGUGCUUGAGUCCGGCCAUAUUCUGCGCUUCUUCGGCUGUUGUGAUCAAGCUCACGAUGAGACUGCUCCAGCUGGGACACUUAAAUAUGAGCAUGAGCUGUGAUGGGGAAGGGGGAUUGUCCCCAUAA